AUAAGAAUGAUAGAUGAUUAAAUUGCUAAUGAAUUAGAUGAUGUGGAAAAGAAUUAAGUGAAAGUGAAGUUUCCAUAAAGAUCAUGGGUUUCUGUGAUUUAAAAUAAGAUCGUUUCUGUAAAUUAAGUAAAAACCAUUCUUUUAUUUGAUCUUUAGAUGAGUUAAUCUGAAUUUGAAGAUAAACAUGAAACUAAUUUAGGAAUAACUCCAGGUAGAAGUGAAAGAGAGUCUUUGUGUAAAUCUAAAUUUGGAUCUUCAAUCUUUUUUAGAGAGGAUUUAGGAAGAUCUAGGAUGAGUGAUUUUGAUCCUACUUCAAUUAAAUAUAGAGUAUUAUAUACAUUAAUUUAAUUUAGACAUAACCUCAUGAAGUUCAUUUUAGAAUCAAAGUAUUUAUCAAGUAUUUACUACUAAGAAUUAUGUUUUCGAUUCUUGGUCCAUUAAUACUGGUUUAUGGAUUAUUUAACAAAGAAUGGAUUCAUUUCAUGAGUAAUUUUAGAAUUUAUGGAUGUACCAAAGGAACAGCAUUUAAUUAUUUCCGUUGGAUUACUAAUUACACUUUUUUCUUCUCUAUUCUUUAUUAUAUACAAGAUUAUGGAAUUAAUCAGAUCAUGCAUUAUGAAAUUGGAUUCUUUUCUACUCUCUUUCUAACUGAAAAUAUAACUUAUGCUAUCAAAUAUGCAUUCUUUCAUCCAUCUAAGUUGAAUCUAAUUGAAAGAUUUGACCUUAAUGUUAUUGGAGAUUUAUGUGAAUAGAGUAUAAAUCCUUAUCAUUGGGCAUAACAAAUACCUUCAAUGAUUACUAGGGAAUUUGAAUAAUCUAUGAAAAGACAUUAAAUUGAACCAACUUCUUUUCAUCUUUAUUUCAUGGUUGCACCAAAUCCAUUAAUUAAAGAAAGAAUUUAAGUUGGUUAUUUUGAUAAUGGAGGACACAAAAAUUAUGAAGAAAUUGCAGCUAGUUGUAUAUCAAUGGCCAAAGAAAUAAUAGAAGAAUACAAUAAGAAAUGCAAUCUUAGAUUCAUAAAUAAAUUUUCAAUUUUUGUCGCCUUAACGAGAAUUGUAGCCUAUAUAUUCAUUAUGAACUUCAACAAUUAAUCUUUUAAUGAUUACAUAAUAAUAGUGCAAAUGUGCGUUUUUUAAUUUAUGUAUUUUUACAUGAUUACAGUAUUAAUGAUGAUCACUUAUAGAGAUUUAAGAAGAAAAGUAUUUGCAAUGACAUAGUUAUCCCAUCUAAUUUCAGCUGAGAAAGUUGAGGUUUAUUAAGAAUCUAAAAUGUUUCCAACUCUUAAUCUUUUAUGUUGUGUAUCACUCUACUCUUGGGUCAAUCUAAGAAAAAUGAUUUUAGAUUAUGGACUUUAAUAUACAAGGAGACAAUCCUUUAUGUUAUCUUUUAUAAUGAUUAUUAAUACGAUCAUGAUGGUUCUAAUGAUAUUCCUCUUUUAUUUAGAAUUUGUAACUAUCAAUAGUAUACUCUAAUAAACAAUUGAUUUUGUUGUAAUUGCAUCAAUAUCUAUUGCACUUGUAUUACAAGGUGCUAGAAUUAAUGCUCAUUGGUGUAUUCAUAGAGGAUUAUUACGUAAAAAUCUAUUCCUAAUUUAAUAAUUAUCAUAUUAAAUAUUUAAAUCUUUAGAUUACACCUUCUAACCUGAAGAUCCCGUAUUUAGUGUAAUUUUAUUCUCAUAAUAUUAGGCUUUUUAAAAGAUUCUAGAUACUGCUGCUGUUAACAGUGUAGUAUAAGAUGAUUAAUUUCUUAAUUAUUCCUUAUUUUGCAUUCAUUCCAUACAAAAUGUGGUAAAACAUUAUUCAAUAUCUUUUAGUAUGAUGAUUUAGGUCAUCAAGAGAAAUCUUAACCAUAUACAGUCAUGGGUAUUGCCAUGACGUAUUAAUUACUCUUAUAAAUUUGUAUUAGUACCAUGGGAUUAAUAGGAACCUCAGGUUUGAAUUUCAUUUUAUAAUUAUCUACUUGA